AUCUCCCGGCGUCCGCGCGAGAGGGGCAACUCUUGGGAUUUUUUUUAACACAACUCGUGGAUUCGAACGUGGCUCCACUCCGACCGCGGCGAGCGACUUGUAGGACUCCAGCCCUGGCCGCGGCCGCCGCGCACGUCCUCGGAAGACUCGGUGGGGUUCGAGCGCGGGGAUCUCCGCGUGCGCCGCGGCUGGGCAGAAAGCUGGUUUGGAGGGGGAUACCCGGAGAACCAAUUUGGGAUUUGCUCUGAACAGCAUGGAGGAGAAUGACCCCAAGCCCAGCGAAGCCGCGGCGGUGGAGGGACAGCGGCAGCCUGAAUCCAGCCCCAGUGGCGGCGGCUCAGGCGCCGGCGGCGGCAGCCCCGGCGACGCGGACACAGGGCGCCGGCGGGCUCUGAUGCUGCCCGCGGUCCUGCAGGCGCCAGGCAACCACCAGCACCCGCACCGCAUCACUAACUUCUUCAUCGACAACAUCCUGCGGCCCGAGUUUGGCCGGCGAAAGGACGCGGGGACGUGCUGUGCGGGCGUGGGAGGAGGAAGAGGAGGCGGCGAGGGCGGCGCGAGCAGUGCCGAGGGAGGUGGCGGCGCGGGCGGCGCCGAGCAGCAGCUCUUGGGGUCGGGCGCCCGGGAACCCCGGCAGAACCCACCCUGUGCGCCCGGCGCGGGCGUGCAGCUUCCCGCGGGUGGCAGCGACUCUUCGGGCGACGGGGAAGGCGGGUCCAAGGCGCUCUCGCUGCACGGUGGCGCCAAGAAAGGCAGCGACCCCGGAGGCCCCCUGGACGGGGCGCUCAAGGCCCGCGGCUUGGGCGGCGGCGACCUGUCGGUGAGCUCGGACUCGGACAGCUCGCAGGCCAGCGCCAACCUGGGCGCGCAGCCCAUGCUCUGGCCGGCCUGGGUGUACUGUACGCGCUACUCGGACCGGCCUUCUUCAGGUCCCAGGUCUCGCAAACCAAAGAAGAAGAACCCGAACAAAGAGGACAAGCGGCCUCGCACAGCCUUCACCGCGGAGCAGCUGCAGAGGCUCAAGGCCGAGUUCCAGACCAACAGGUACCUGACGGAGCAGCGGCGCCAGAGCCUGGCGCAGGAGCUCAGCCUCAACGAGUCGCAGAUCAAGAUCUGGUUCCAGAACAAGCGCGCCAAGAUCAAGAAGGCCACGGGCAACAAGAACACGCUGGCCGUGCACCUCAUGGCGCAGGGCCUGUACAACCACUCCACCACCGCCAAGGAGGGCAAGUCGGACAGCGAGUAGGGCAGCGGGUGGGUGCCGAGUCCGGUCUCAGCCGCGCUGAACAAUGCAAUAAUUUAAAAUCACACUAAAGGGCCAGUGUAUAAAGAUGAUACCAGCAUUAAUAGUGAAAAUAUCGUGUAUUAGCUAUGGUUCUGCAAUAUUCUAUGUAUAUAUAAUUUACAGGUGGUAUAAAAUCCAAAAAUCUGACUAUAAAAUAUUUUUUGAGUUUUUUGUGUUUAUAAGAUUAUGCUAAUUUUAUGAUUUUUCUUUUUUUCAAAGUGGGCUGCUUAGGGUUUCAUCUUUUUUAAUCCCUUAAGCGCCAUUAUAGGACAUCGGACACUUUUUUUUAUUAUUUCAAAAGAAAAAAAUUAAAACAACUUGCUGAAGUCCAAAGAUUUUUAUUGCUGCAUUUCACACGACUGUGAACCGAAUAAAUAGCUCCUAUUUGGUCUAUGAGUUCUGCCACUUUGUUUGUGUUGGCCUGGUGAGGACAGCAGGAGCCCCCCACCCCCCAGACUCGGCCAGCCUGGGUGCCCCAGAGCAUGGGCCCGCGACGUCCAGGCCUUCGGGAGCGUGGGGGACCUGGC